AUGGCGGAUCGACAAAUGGCUAGAACUGGCAGGCAAAGACCAGACGAUCGAGCAACCGGUCCACCAACAAGGGAGGAAGGAAGGCGACACAAAGAGGGGGCACUUUCCAAAAAGGUUUGGGGUAUCACAAGUGGAACUGAUAGGGUCGUCCAGAGAGAGUCGGUUGAUGGUGAAAUACUGACAUCCGGGAAUCAGGGUCAACGUCUUCUAUUGACUCUGGCUCUGCAUGCUAAAAAUCCACAACUCAGAGCUGAAGCUGGACCUGAUUUCACUAGCACUGCCUCUAAUAUUCCAGCCAAUCAGGCUUGCAAAAUGGGUUUACGUCGCCGGGAUCUCCGCAAAGAACUCUCCGGUUCUCUUGGUCAAGGCGAAGGCGACACAUGGACUUCAUUCCUUACUCAGAUGCUCUUUCUCCUCCAUUCCGAGUUGCCGCUGCCCGAUGAGCUUGGGUAA